UGCGGUGGUAUGUAGGGAUUCCAGGCAUUACGUGGCUAUCGGUGUCCGGUGCCCCUGGCGGAGCUCCAGCAAGCAGCCGCCCUGGACCCCGUCCCUGCAAGGCGUCGCCCCAGCCACCAUCGCCAUAGCGUCCACUUUGGCAGUCUCCCCGUCACCCAUCCUCGCCGCGCUUGGAGGAUGAAGCGCAAGGCAGUGCCCCGGCCAGGGGGUGGUGGGCCCAUGGCCGAGCUGGACACCACCACCGACUCGGAGGAUGCCCCGCGACGAGCCUCGGUUCAUUUGGGAGCUGUAGACACGGCGUCUUCCCCUUUCCAGUCUAAGGUGGUCGAAGGAAUUUCAGGUAACCUCGCUGGGGAUCGUCAUGCGGACAAGCACGAGCAGCAGCAGGAGUUACUCGGUGACAGCGGGACGAGCCGGAUCCAAGUAGUGAUUAAUGGGGCACCACUUGCACCACUUGCAGGCACGAUUCCAGAGCGACAAAGCCGGGGCCCUGGCUCGGGCCAAUCGAGGGACGCGAAUGCAGCCACGGCGACUGCAGGCAGCGAGGAUGCUGAUCCUGAAGUCCCCCCUGCAGUCUUUGUUCAACGUCGGCGGGGGUCUGUCCAACCCUCGAUCUCGUCAUUGGGCACGCACGAUGCUGCUGCUGCUGCUCCUGCUGAUCCUCCCCUCCUCCUGGCGCUUAACGCGCCCGCCGCCUCGUCCAGCCUUUCUCUCCCAUCCUUCCCGACCCCCGACCUGGACAUGACUGCCCAAGAUUAUGACCGAGGCCCGCUGGGCGCCCUCUUCGGUCGUCAUCCGACCGCGGACCACUCGCGAAAAUCCAGUGUCUCCUCGCUGGCCCCGAGCCGACAAACGCAUCUCCAAUCGCAGGAUUCCACCCCGCACGCGCGCCUGGCCGCCAUGAAGAUGAAAUACGGCGACAAGAUCCGGGACAUUCGGCGCAUCUCGUUGGGGCCUCCCAGUCCAUCCUCCGACCAGAAGCCGACCCUUCGGACUCGGUUGUCGGGCUUCCUCCGUCCCAAGUCGAGGGGAACGAAACAAGCAUCGAGGCCCAACACCCCCAUCCAGCCCUCCAAGUCGGCCUCGCUGUCGCAUCCGAUUCCACCAUCCGGCCACGCCCGCUUCUACUCCCUCGACCACGCCACCCCCAAUGCCAGCAGCAACCUCACGGCCCUCCCCCGCAUCCCCACCCCGGAUUCCUUCCGCCAGGCCCAGAACCAGCCCAUCGUCCUCCCACAUGCCUCCACCCCGAGACUUCCCAGCCCCUCCCCGGUGUCCGGAGAUUACUUCUCCCCCAGCAUCAAGGCCGCUUACCAUCCGACCCGUUCUCCCCACAAUGGCUCACCCGAGCGCGGUCGAAGUGCCUCCCAAACAUACGUGCAGGACCUACACCUCCGUUCUCGCAGUCCCAACGAAUCUGCGCCCAGACCGGAGGAGACAAUCCUCCCCAACACCGAUGAGACCGAUCCAGCAAUUGGACUGGGGCGAUUCGCGCACAAUCCACGGACCAGCCGGGUGGGCGAUCAAGAGCUACCAUGGAAAUUGAGCAUCCCUGGCCUAGGUAGUGAUGUCGACGAGCAUGAGGAGAACGGGCUGGGAUACCGAAGAGAAAAGCCACAGCUGGAAUUCACCGCGGUGGUAGACACCGCAGCCACCACCACCACCACCGACGAGAAGCACCACAGCACCCCACCCAACCGCUCCCCUUCGCCGCGAAUUCCAUCCCCAUCUCCAUCUCCCCGGAAUCCGCUACUCCAUCCCAACCUCACGAUCACCCACCCACCUCCAAUUCCUCCGAACUCCCACUCCCGCCCUCUCACCCAGAUUCAUCUCGAACCCCAUCACCAGGCCCCAACCCAAAGACCAUCUGCAAAGACGAGACAUGCACAGCCUCCAUCAUCUGCCACCCACCAGCACCAAUCCCCCAACGCAAACCACUCACCACCGCCGCCGAGAAACUCCCUACAAAUCCAACCCCACCUCCCACUAAACCAGAACCAUACGCCCAUCCCCACCGUCCAGCCCCACCCCGCGCCCUCGUCUCCUCCCCCAUCGAACUCCCCGUCCCCGCCACAGACACCGACACCGAUACCUCCAGUGAACCUGAGAUCAUCAUGUCUAGUACGGCAUAUCCGGGCCAGGAAUGGCGACCGGUGGGAUACAUGGGAUAUGAGUGAUUUAUUGAAUGAAUGUCUUAGACCGGUUGAUUUGAACAUUUGGUUUCGUCUUUUUUUUAAUAUUUUGUUAUCUAUCGUCUAUGGUUGUCUUUUGGGUGCAAUUUUGUUUUUGUUUUUCGGGCGAUUUUUUCUUUGGUUUGGUAAUAUCUUGCCGGGAGGGGAAUGGGAUUAGGGAUGAGGAUUGGACAUGGGGAUGGUGGUUUUUGAUACCCAGGGUUUCUUUCUUAUUAGCUUCUUUUAAGGGAUUGGGUUAGCAUUUAUUGUUAGUAUGGUUCGACAUAUUGUGUUCGUAGGAGUAGUAGUAGUAGUAGUCAAG